UUACAUCAGUAGAAGCUCAAGUUCAAGAAAUUAGUGGGGAACUUUUUGUUAUCAAUUUGACAGAAGAGGAGGAAAGUGAAGAAGGUAUUGUGUUCGGUGUUGAUGGAAAAAGAAGAAGACGUCCAACUCAGGAUUUAAUAGACUUUUUGAAAACAACACCACCAAGUGAAAAAACUACUUUUCCCGACUCUGUUAAAGAUUCAAAUUAUAAUACUAAUGGCAAAAAAAUGGAAACUAAAAUUAGAAAAAUAUUCUCAAUACUGAAAAUGAGAUCAUCAUCUGACGAUUCUAAUUAUUCAUCAAGUGGAAACAGUUUAAAUUCUGCAAAUUCUACUUUCUCCACUUCAUCGACAUCUACUGCCACUUUGGUUACUAAACAAAGGGCUAGAUUUAUUAAAAUUGAAAUUCCACCUCUUCCGCCUCUUCCUCCUAAAGAUAAUAACGAACAAACUGGCUUUCUUGGUGUUCAAGGGAAAAAUACACAUCAAUUACCUAAAGCAAAAUCAACAAGUAAUUUGCCACACGUUCCAAGUAAAACAAAUCCAGAUGAUUCUUCUAAUUCUCUAACUAAAGUCACAGCUACACUUGAUGGCAAACACAACGAGUUACAAGUUAGCAAUCCUUCUGCCAAAACGGUUGUUUCAAACAACAAUGACAACAAUAAUAAUAUUAAUGUCAACACUUCUUCAUCAAAAGAAAUAUCUCGUGGAACCA